AUGGGUGCUGAAUGUAAAACUCUGCUCUCCUUUUUGUCGCCAACCCAGAUUUCAGACUACUCCUCUUACGACGAUAACGAUGAAGAUCCAGAAGAAACCAGAGCGGACUCAUCCUUUCUAGACGCAGCUGAGUCCAGCAGGCAGUCGGUCAGCGAGUGGAUUCGAUCUGCUCAGGCGAUUCUUCAGACACCUCAGAAGCAAUCCCCUAAGAGCAUCAAGACCCCAGAGGACUCCAGUAAAAAGAGGAGGAGGUUUGAAAGGGGAGGUUUUGCUGAAAGGCUGAACCGACUCCACAGCAGACAAAAAUCAGCCAUCAGCUUUUGGAGACAUCAGUGCAACUCGACCACAUCAGCUGCUGAGAGGUCAGGGGUUUUGGUGCUGAGGAUUCUGGGAGUUCUGGAGGAAUGUGGCAUGCAGGCGGCUGUAUGCAACAGGCUGCCGGAAGGAGAAAAGUGUGUGGCUCUUUUCAGCAAGGACACGGCCGCCCAGUUACAGCCUGCGCCCGGAAACAUUGUCCACAUCUACCCACCAUGGCAGAAUCUGGUUGUGGAGGGUGAACGUUAUCCCAUAAUUCUCAACACCCACUUCAGUCAGAAAGUCUGCGAAGAGACUAAGCCGGAUAACGCGGGCGGUCCGAGAGCCGCGGUAUCUGUGGAGAAAUGCAGACCUCCGCCGUUAACCAGGAGCCUGUGGCGGUCAGGGACGAGCCAAGUGUCAGCCGAGACAUCCAUUCCCUGUAAACAGGUCGGUGAGUUGAACAGAAGCGUGAGUGCGGAAGUCUCUGCUGGAUGCAGUGGAGGAUUGUGGGCGUCCGGCUCUCAGAGCGGUCCUGUUGAAGUGGUUGUUCAGAGGGUCUACUGCAUACCCAUCGCCAAGUCACUACACAGAGAUUCUCUCCAGCACAGAGCACUCUAUAAACCUCCACCAGAAUCUGCACCACCUCAGCACAUCGGCAGGUUGUGCGCUCUUGUUCAGGACAGUUACGGGAUGUUCGCUGAGGUUCUUCUGCACCGUGUGUCCACAGAAUCGGAGAUCCAGCAGAACUCGGAGCAGCUGGAGGGACGUGUGUGUCUCCUCCAGGACCUGAGAGUCGUUCAGCGUCUCACGCGUGACAAAUGUUCUCCGCUCUUCAGUAUGAUUGACAGUUUGUGGCCUCCUCCGGUUGAUCCAAAAUCUCCCGAUGAUCUUCUGCAGUCUCCCGGCGAUCGAGUCCCACCGCCCUGUUUCUGCUACAGGCUGAGCGUCCAGCGGGUCAUGGUUCCUCUAUCGGGGCGGACUGAAUCUCCACUGUAUCGAGCGCCUGUACUUCAGACGUUAAGAGAGAUCCUUCAGGAUGAAUCCGUGUGUCGUUGCAGCUUCCGGGCUGCCGUGCUUCAUAAACAAUUACUGAGCUCAAAUGCAGGGGGAGAGAGGGAGAUGCUGCUGUUUGUGACAGAUCCCAGUCUCCAAAGGGAGCCAGACACAGACGGGAACAGAAGAACCGUAGCCAUGUGUCUGAGGCCGUCCUGCCUGAUCCAGAGCUCAGUCACACAGGUCCUGGACGCCCUGCACACACAACCUGUGCUGAUGUUCAGAGACGCCGUGAAGGAGAAUGCUCAGAUAUUCUGCUGGGAACAGACGGUGAUCCAACUGGAACCAAAGGUCCCGUCCUUCUCCUUACCACGGCCCAUCAUACUGGACCACCUGGGUCCAGAAACCCUCCCAUACUCUCUCUGCACUGUCACAGGGGUGGUUGUAGCAGUGGAUGAAAGCACAGCCUUCUCCUGGCCCACCUGUAGCCGGUGUGAGAGCUGCCGCUUAGAGACUCGAGAACAACAGAGAGGAUUCGUCUGCUUAGCGUGUGGAGCGGUGAUGGAUGAACCCACCACGAAGAUGCAGCUGGAGGUGUUUCUGAGCUGCUCUUCACUGAGCCGCUGCACCGUCAAAAUCAAGUUGCAGCAAAAGACCAUUCGAUCUCUUUUAAACUCAUCAAGCUGCGCUGAGGGUUACGGUGUGGAAAAUGUGCUUGGGUCGGAGAUCGGUCCUCUCUGCGUCUUGGUCCACGUGGUCGACGGAGGUCCCAGCGCCUGGAUGGGUUUGGAGGAGUGUGACCUGCGCUGACUAGCGCGCUUAUCUGUUCGUGUCGUGGUUUAAUAACAACAAUUAGUCAACGCUAGUCUUGCCUUGGUUGCAGACGUAUGUGAAUUGAACCAAAAAAGUGUAUAGUUCUGGAAUAACUGGAGUGCGACUGUUAAGAAAACCAGAACUAAUGAUAUUAGCAUGAAAGAUGCUCAUGGGAUGCCCAGCAUCAGCUGAUCUUUGUGAUGUCAAUCAAAUGAUAGUGUCUGCAUUACGGUGCUGUUUAAGUUCAAUUAUUUGUACGUUGUUGCUCUCUAUGACCGCUGAGCGCAUGCGUUCGCUAUAAAUAAAAGAUUUAUGCCACCAAAUAACUGAUCAAGUUGUUUUCAUGAUGAAUCAGUAUUAGUCUCUAAUAGCUAGUGUUCAAACUAUUGACUUUAUUUAUAAUUUUCAAUGCAUUAACAACAGCAAUAAAAACUAAUAUGUCCUAUGAAUUCAUUAUUAUUAUUCAUUUAAGCCACUGAAAUGAAUCUGCAACGCCUGUAAACUAGGAUCAAGUGCUUCUCCUUUUGUAGUCGCAUGCGGAGACCAUUGUUUUUCUUUCUUAAAAGCUGCACGAAUUUGUCUUAAACUUUUAAGCUUUGUUUUGAAAUACACGUAGCCCUUAUUUAAAAGCGAAACCAGCAUCUUCUGAAUUUACCUAAAACUCGCUCUGGUUAACUUUUAAAACUGAAACUGCUGUUUCUUGCAACCCGCCUGACUUUUAAGUAAAAAAAAAAUCUCCGUAGUCGCGAUCCAGUCGAGCUGAUUGACAGCUACACCUUUCUGCAGACCACGCCCCCUCUGACCACGCCCCCCUCCCCUGCACACAUGCGAGUUCACAUGGAUCUUUUUUGAAAAUAUCACGUCGUUUUAUUAUACAUUUGUACACACUGUACAAUUUGAAACAUGCUCUGGCAUUAAUACGAAGUUUUUGGGAAUUAUAAAACAGGUACCAUAAAAACAUAUAUGAAGUUUUUUCUGUAAUAAUUUAGAAUACAAAAA